AUGGCUCAAGAACUAUAUAAGUUGCUAGUAUUAGCAUACACAAGCACAGAAAAUGCAAAACGACAAAAUGCUGAAAUUUAGUUGAUGAGUGUGGUGAUGGAGAAUAUCUAAAAUUUCUAAUCGAUUGCUCAGAUUGCUAAGAGUUAGGAUAGCAUGCAAAGUUAGGCAGCCAGUUUGUUGAAUUCUGCAGUAUUAAAGAUGCUAUCGAGUCAGGUUGAAAUAUAAUUGGAACAUGCACUAUUGGUUUUUGAUGUGAUAACCUCUCAAUAGACUUCAUUGAAGUGCAAGCAAUUGCUGUAGAAAUCUAUGAGUUUAUUGAUUAAAAUAAAAAAAACAAUCAAACCAGACAUAGAGAACAAGAUGAGGUAAUUGGUGAAGAGUGAUUAAUUGUGGGAAAUACAAUCAGGGUUGUUUUUCUUCAAAAUAUUGGUUGACUCUUUGGAAUUGUCAUCAUACAAUCUAGUGAUAAAUUAGGGAUUGGAUUGGAUCCGAGAUUUCUUUGAUUUGAUAUAUCCAAUAUUCAAGAGAUUGGAUGAACAAUCAGGAGACUUGUCUGAAGAAUACAUAAUCACAAUUAGAUAUUACGCCUAGAUUGUUUUGGAGUACUGUGAGAAAUUAUUCAAACAGAAGACUCACAACAAAGAGUCCUUGAUCCCACUCUAAAAUUUGAUGUUCAAAUUAACAUCCUUUCAAAUAACGUUAUUUGCUAUUUUUAAAUACUCCCCUCAAAAUAAUCUUCUCCAAAGUUGUAUAAUUUCUUGCACGAACAAUGAAUAAUUUGACAACAGAAUAAAUGAAGUGAAAAUGUAUGGAUUGAAAUGUCUCCAAAUAUUAAUCAACUCCUUAUUAAGCAAAAGUAAGAACGACUAGAAGAAUAGUGUAUUUUAUAAUUAGCAAUCCAAUUUGACUUAGUUAUUGCUGUACUCCAUCUUUGCAUACACCAGACAAGCGAGAAUCUCAGAUAUAUUAUAGAAACAAUUUCUGCCUAGUAUCUUGAGUAGUAUGCUGAGAUUGCUGGCACAUUUAGGUGGAUAAGCUGAAUUGUAUCCUUAGUUCCAAGAUUCCAAGAAUGCUUUGAUCGCUGAUAUCAUCUACCCCUUUCUGAUAACUACCAAGAGUGAAUAUGAAAUAAUGAAAGAGUAGCCUGAAGAGUUCGUUAAUAUUGCAUUGGAUGUUGUUGACAAACAGGAGUCAGAUUUACCAAAGACAGCAGCAACAACUUUGCUGGAAACCUUAUGUGAUCAUAUAGAUGGGUCAACAUCCUUCUUGGCUUAAAUGGCAAUAGUUCUUAUAUCCUCUGCCAUUCUAGAGUUGUCUCAAUCUCAAUUAAAUAAUCAACAACAGCAAAUCAUAUUGGCAGACUUAUAAAAGAUAUCCAAUAAGAAGUUAUUCUAGGAAUUUAAUGCUGUGGAUAGAAUUGAAAGCAGUUUGAUGAUCUUGACAAUUAUUAGCUAUUUGGUAUAAAAAAGAUAGGAUAUCAUUUAAUUGAUGGAAUCAUUAUUAUAAUAGAAUUUACAAUUUUUUACUAAUACUACUGAGCAAAUAAUAAAGGUUAGAUUUGCUUUGUUUUUCGGUUACUAUUUGGAUAAUUUGUUUAAAGUUGAAACCCAAUUUUAAAUUAUGUUAAAUUAUAUCUAAUUAUUGAUAUCAUAUGCCAAACCACAAGAGCCUGUUGUAUUAUAUCAGUCAAUUGAUGCUUUAAAAGAUGUAUUUGAAGAUGAUGAGUUGAAACAUAAAACUGGUGGUUUAGUGGCCAAUGUCUUCCCAGCCUUGAUUUCUGGUUUGGCAUUCAGCACUUAUGAAAAACACUUUGAGAUGAUUGGAAAUCUACUCAAGAAGUUCCCUUUGAUGUUUGUUUAAAACGAAAAUUACAUCAUUAGUCUAGUGUAAAUAUUGGUCUAAAGAAUAAUACAAGAGGAGAACUUGAUCAAGACCAACAGUGACUCAAAUAGAUAUAUUCAUUUUACUAGAUGCUGGAAUGUUAUUAGGUAGUUGCCAACAAUCAAUGAGUUCUCACCUCUCCUUCUCAAAAUUGAAUAAGCCAUGUAACCCAUCUAUCAAUCACUCGUAAUCCAUGAAAGCAGAAUGAAUUUUGAUGAAGAAUUGGUGCUGUUCAUCUCCUCUGUCAUCUAAAAACUACAGUAGGUAUCCCCAUUUCAGAGGGAAAUCUUGCCUUGCUUCUCUAACAUUAUAACUAGACAAUCUAAUAGACUACUCUAAUUGUAUGAAACUCUAAACAUGUACAUGUAUUACGGAAGGAAUUAUUUCUUACAAGAACAGGCACAACACAUUUACUUCAAUUUAUCUCUCCAAACCCUGAUGCAAGAGGAAGCCUUCGAAGACAUUGAUCUGGCAGAAGGAGCACUUCUAAUCCAGUUGGGAAUUUAAGUGUUAAAUAUUGAUAUCAGUCAACCCUUAUUGGCUUAUGUGUUCCAAUAAGUGCUUUAAUUAAUUGCAAAAGAGAAUGUCACUGGGAUUAUUCGUUCUAGAAUUACAGCCAUUUUUUUGGUUGCCUUUUACUAUAUUCCCUAACAAUCGUGCCAAAUAUUGGGUGAACAUUUUCAAAAUGUGUAUCACAAGGUAUUGAACACCCAAUAUCACCCAGGCUAUGAUAUUAAAUUAUUCAUCCUCACCAUUUGUAAAUUAAUCUAAUAAGAACCUCAAUUAUUGACUACCGACUUGAUUUAAAUAAUAAUUCAGAAUUUGGAAAGCUAGGAGAAUGAAGAGAAACCAGAAAAAACAGAUUUUGAUGAUGAUAUGAUGGACGACGAUGACAACGACGACAUUCUGGAAGAGGAGGAAAGACUAUAGGCUAAAUAACAAAUUGAAUAAUUCAAAAGUGAAUUAUAAAACUAUGAUGAAUUCACAGUUUUCAGGAACACCAUAUUGGGUUUCAAAUAUUAGUAAGAUUUAUCAUUCUAAUAUUGUAGACAUCCCGAAAUAAUUGGAUUAAUUAAACAAAAGCUUGAUACUUCUACUCAAUAAAAACUAAACAAUUAUCUAAAAUAUGUCAGAAUCGACAACAGCGAAAGUGCAAGAAAGGUUAUGACGACUGGCAAAAGAAAACAUCAAUAAACAAAAUGA